UUAACAGGGCUACAUGGGCCUGGUAUUAGGGUGGAUAUUUAUCCUUUUCCAAGAGAGUCAUUGAUUUCUCCAAUAGCCAUCUUCAAAAUACCAAUCUUCUCUUGCAAUCUCAGUGAAUUUCUCUCUUGAAUUUUUCCAUUUCUUUUUGCUGAUGCAUUUGAUCUCAUAGACUCCAGAGUCAAGCGCAGUCUUCGUCAACUGCUUUUCCAAAAGUAGUAAAUGCAGUGGAUUAGGUGAACGAAACUAGUAAAAGUUAUUAAUAUACGCUGAAGUUUUGAAGAAGCAGAUUUGGUGGAUUAGAAGGAUAUAUUUUUGCCAUCUGGAAGUAAAAUAAGCUGAGAUUGUUUUUUGUGAUUUGGUAGUGUAAGGAAAGUAGUUUGAUGGGAAGUUAUAUAAAGGAGUUUUCGGAGGUGAAGGCGAAGAAUUCGUCGGAGGAGGCGUUACAGAGGUGGAGGAAGGCGUGUUGGCUGGUCAAAAAUCGUAAACGAAGGUUCAGAUUCACUGCUAACCUCGACAAGCGUUGUGAAGUUCGCCAGAUCCAAAAAUCUAACCAGGAAAAGCUUAGAAUUGCUCUAUUAGUUUCACAAGCUGCUCUCAGUUUUAUUCAAGGUAUAAAUUACACUGUGCCAGAGGCAGUGAAGAGUGCGGGUUUUGAAAUAUGUGCAGAUGAGUUAGGAUCUAUUGUUGAAGACCACAGUUUUAGUAAGUUAAGAGUUCAUGGGGGGGUUGAGGGUAUUGCAGACAAGCUCUCAACUUCACUUAACAAUGGAAUUAGUGUUUCCGAGGAUUCACUUAACAAAAGAAGAGAGUUUUUUGGAAUCAAUAAGUUUGCUGAGAGUCCAGCCAAGGGUUUUUGGCUUUUUGUGUGGGAAGCUCUUCAAGAUACAACCCUCAUGAUACUUGCUGUGUGUGCCCUGGUGUCUUUGAUUGUUGGCAUCGCUACAGAAGGAUGGCCAAAGGGCGCUCAUGAUGGACUUGGUAUCGUUGCUAGUAUACUUCUUGUAGUAUUUGUCACUGCAACGAGUGACUAUAAGCAGUCCUUACAGUUCAAGGAUUUAGACAAGGAGAAGAAAAAGAUUACAGUUCAGGUUACUAGAAAUUGGUACAGGCAAAAAAUUUCGAUAUUUGAUCUACUUGCAGGUGACAUUGUUCAUCUUGCUAUUGGGGAUCAGGUACCCACUGAUGGACUCUUUGUUUCGGGUUUUUCUUUGUUAAUAAAUGAAUCAAGUUUAACUGGAGAGAGUGAACCAGUUAAUGUAACUGCAGAGUAUCCUUUUCUCCUAUCUGGAACCAAAGUGCAGGAUGGAUCAUGCAAAAUGCUUGUUACUACUGUUGGGAUGAGAACCCAAUGGGGUAAAUUGAUGGCUACACUUAGCGAAGGGGGUGAUGAUGAGACCCCAUUGCAGGUCAAACUGAAUGGAGUAGCAACAAUUAUUGGAAAAAUAGGUCUCUUUUUUGCUGUUGUCACCUUUGGUGUUCUGUUGCAAGGGUUGUUCAGCCGCAAAAUGAUAGAAGAGUCCCACUGGAGGUGGUCCGGAGAUGAUGCCCUGGAAAUGCUGGAAUAUUUUGCUAUUGCAGUUACCAUUGUUGUGGUUGCUGUUCCUGAGGGUUUGCCUUUAGCUGUUACACUGAGUCUUGCAUUUGCCAUGAAGAAGAUGAUGAACGACAAGGCACUUGUUCGCCAUUUGGCUGCCUGUGAGACAAUGGGAUCUUCUACAACUAUUUGUAGUGACAAGACUGGGACGCUAACAACUAAUCACAUGACUGUUGUAAAAGCAUGCAUAUGUGGGAAGGUGAAAGAAGUUAGUAACUCUAUGAAGAGUUCUGUAUUCUGCUCCGAUGUUUCUGAUUCUGUCGUGAGAAUUUUGACGAAAUCUAUAUUCACCAACACUGGAGGAGAGAUUGUCACCACUGAAGAUGAGAAAAUUGAAAUUCUUGGUACACCCACUGAGGCUGCACUUUUGGAUUUUGGCCUGCUCCUGGGAGGAGAUUUCCAAGCAGAGCGACAAGCAUCAAAGCUUGUCAAAGUUGAGCCAUUUAAUUCUGUGAAGAAGCGCAUGGGUGUAGUUCUGGAGCUCCCUGGUGGAGGUUUUCAGGCUCAUUGCAAAGGUGCAUCUGAAAUUAUUUUGUCUGCUUGUAACAAAGUUCUGAACUCAAAUGGUGAGGUCGCUCCUCUAGAUGAAACAUCCAUUAAUAUCCUGAAAGAUACAAUUGAACAAUUUGCAAAUGAAGCUCUCAGAACUCUGUGCCUUGCAUACAAGGAUAUUGGAAGUGAUUUUUCUGCUGAAAGUUUGAUUCCCUUUGAGGAUUAUACUUUGAUAGGAAUCGUGGGCAUUAAGGAUCCAGUUCGUCCUGGGGUUAAGGAGUCUGUUGCAAUUUGUAGGUCAGCUGGUAUAACCGUGCGGAUGGUGACUGGAGAUAACAUAAACACAGCUAAGGCAAUAGCUAGAGAAUGUGGAAUAUUGACUGACGAUGGUAUUGCAAUAGAAGGCCCAGAAUUUCGGGUGAAAAGUGAAGAAGAGUUGCAUGAACUUAUACCGAAACUACAGGUAAUGGCACGUUCUUCACCAAUGGACAAGCAUACCCUUGUGAGACAUUUGCGAUCUACAUUUGAAGAGGUUGUUGCAGUGACUGGUGAUGGCACAAAUGAUGCUCCUGCACUUCAUGAGGCAGAUAUUGGGCUUGCAAUGGGCAUUUCUGGAACUGAGGUGGCCAAAGAGAGUGCUGAUGUUAUAAUUCUUGAUGAUAAUUUCUCUACCAUUGUUACUGUGGCAAAAUGGGGGCGCUCAGUUUACGUGAAUAUUCAGAAAUUUGUUCAGUUUCAACUCACGGUGAAUGUGGUUGCUCUUGUUGUCAAUUUCUCUUCAGCCUGCUUGACGGGCAAUGCCCCACUUACGGCAGUUCAGCUUUUAUGGGUCAACAUGAUCAUGGAUACUCUUGGUGCACUUGCCCUGGCAACUGAACCUCCUAAUGAUGACUUAAUGAAGAGAUCACCUGUUGGAAGGAAAGGAAACUUCAUCAGCAAUGUGAUGUGGCGGAACAUCUUGGCACAGUCGUUUUAUCAAUUUGUUGUCAUAUGGUAUCUUCAGACAUCAGGAAAAACAGUCUUCAACCUUGAUGGACCUGAUUCUGAUUUGAUUCUUAACACACUAAUUUUCAACGCAUUCGUUUUCUGCCAGGUUUUCAACGAAAUAAACUCGAGGGAUAUGGAGAAGAUUAAUGUUUUCAAAGGGAUAUUGGAGAACUAUAUUUUUGUGGUUGUUCUGAGUUGCACAACUCUAUUCCAAAUCAUCAUCGUCGAAUUCCUUGGUACUUUUGCCAACACGCACCCUCUCACUUGGCAGCAAUGGGCUGUAAGCUUUCUGCUCGGAUUUCUUGGCAUGCCAGUUGCUGCUGCUGUAAAGAUGAUCCCAGUUUGAUCAAGAUGAAAUCAUAUGGAAAAUAAGUUAUAUCCUAUCUAUAUAUAUUCUCAGAAUCACGUCGGAUCCAUAAAGGAUGAUCGUUUUCCCCAUCUUUGAACUUUACAGCCAUAAAAUUGGAGACCUAUACUGCAACAACUGCUCAGGAAGGUUGGCUGUUUAUAUGCAUCUCUUUUCAGAUAUUUUGGUUUGAAGUAUGUUGA